ACGGCGUUGAGACGCUCGGCGUCGCGAUAUUUGUCAAAUUCUUUCGCGUUUUAUCGCCAUUGAUGAAAAUAAAUGGAUAGGAACGUCAGUAAAUUUGUCGUCGUUCAAUUAGCGAAGUGAAUAAAUAUUGACAUUGUCUAUUGGUAUUUUAGCAAAAAAUAUUUACAUAGUUGCAGUAUAUUAAAGACAUAAUGAUGGACAUCGACAGGAUAUCCUACAUAUUCGGCAGCUUCGCCAGGAGAAGACAGAGCCACGAAGCAGGUGCUGCCAAGAGACGUUCCAUAGAGCCCACCAAGAAGGUAUUCCACGACCGUUCCAAAUCUACCCCACACCAGUCGAAGAAAUCCGUAACGACUUCCCCAAGGGCAAAAAGCGUAGUUGGGUUUGCCACAGACGAAAGCAAAUUCAAAUGUCCCCUGUGUAGAAGGCAGUAUGUAGAUCCCCGUGUUCUACCUUGUCUUCAUACAUUCUGUUUAAAAUGUCUAAGGGAUUUGGAGAAGAAAGACUCUACUACGUGGUAUGAUGAUGAUGAUUCUGAUGUGCUCAAAACGAACUCGCCAGACUCCAGGAAAGCGAGUUCAGGGGGUUCUGGUUACGCUAGUGACAAACACGACGACAGUCCCGGCAAGGGCGUGUGCUGCCCCACGUGUGGCUCUCGAGCGGAAGUUCCUCCAGGUGGGGUGUCGUCGUUUCCCCCGAAUUAUACAUUACAACACCGAAUGGUUCUGGCAACUCUCAAUUCCCAGUCCACCCAUCUGCUGUGUGAUUUGUGCACGUCAGAUGUUUCUGCAAUUUCCAGGUGCAUGGAAUGUGCAAUUAGUUUUUGUGAUCACUGCGAAGAGGUACACUUAAGGCAGAAAUCUUCAGCAGAACAUGAGGUCUUAAGUUUAGAAAGGGCGAGAGAAAAGGGCAUCACCAAGGUCCGGAGACAAAUCAUGUGUUUGAAACAUCCCGAUUUGGAGCUGUCUAUAUUUUGCUCUUCUUGCUAUCAAGUUAUCUGUCGGGAUUGUAUUUCCGCUUCCCACAGGGGACACGCAUGCGAACCGAUAUCCCGCGCGGCGAGGUCCCAUCUAACGAAACUAAGAUUAGCCGCCGACAGGGCGAAAAGCGUCGUUGAGGAAUCGGCCGUCGCGGCGAGCCGUCUCAACGUCACGUCGAAAAAGAUCGAGGCGCAAUGCAACAAAGUGCAGACGGAGGUGGAGAAGUUCAUCGAGGACUACAUCAGGUCGAUGGAGGACCAUAAGCUCAGUCUUCUGGAACAGAUAAAGCAGGUUAGAGAGGAAAAACUACAGAGAAUCUGCCGAGAAAAAAUGAAACUACAAAAGAGAAUCAGAGACGCCAGGGACAUAGCGUAUUUCUUAGACGACUUGCUCAAUGAUGGAACUGACGUAGAAGUUUUAAGUUUUAUCAACCCAGUGAUGACAAAGAUCGAGAAUUGUGAUAAUUUUGAGAAAACAAAGGAACUGCAUUGUUCCGGGACUUUACAGUUUCUGCCAGAGGAAACAGUUAAAUGUCCGAAUGAUUUUUAUACACUUUACGGAGUUCUUACUACGCAGACGGUUUCUCCGGAACAUUGCCAGUUAAACGCAGAUGGUUUACAAAAUUUACGAGUGGGUAGAAAGGUUGAGGUGCUGCUGGAGACUAGGGACCACAACGACACCUCCAUCGAGCGAGGUGGAGAGCUUGUGGCAGCGGAAAUUCGUCACCGGGAUGCUGGCGUGUCAAAACCGCUGGUAGUUAACGUGCAAGACAGAAGAGACGGGACUUACGGAAUCACAUUUGUUCCAGAUGUUGCGGGGAAAUUAGUUCUAAAUGUCUGCGUUAAAGGCCAGCCCAUUAACGGUAGCCCAUUCCCAAUAAACGUCCGAACCAUAAAACCCCAUCACGGUACCUUCCAUUGCUGCUGCUUCUGUUCCAGCGGGGGUAGUAAGGAAGCUACCUGUGGCUGCGAGGGGAAAAUGCCUGGUGGAUACAAAGGAUGCGGGCACGGACACGAAGGACAUCCCGGAAGGAGGCAUUGGUCCUGUUGCGGGAACAUAUUGGAACAUUCGGAAUGUGUUAGAUCCAAUUCACAGUAUCAAUUUACAUUGUAAUUGAAUGUAUUUAUUUUUAUUACU